UACAUUUCCACCAACUCCUAAUGUAAUUUGGACUCGUUUAAUUCACCAACGGUGCGAGAGAAGACAACGGAGCAGACGGCUGAUACAAAACAACAUCCAUCUCAUCUCUCUCUCCUCCUUACUGCCUACCUCACGUAGAGCAGUGGAGCAGGACGGCGCAGAAUCUCCUAGGUACAUGCCUCGCUACCUGACUUGAACCUCAUCUUCACCUUCUCUCCGCUUCGCUGUCUCGCCGAGCUUGACCUUUCCGAUCACGCCAGGCACCUCAAUCCAUCUCCCCACCGCACGACCACAACCCGCUCGCACGUCCUCGCCAGCUUCUCGGACACAGCCUUUCUGUCCUCCGUCAUCCCCUUCGCCAAUGCCGCCGCCGGACUGGCCCUGACCGACCCGUGGCUGUACAUCCGGCAACGUGACGAGACGAGACGAGAACGCUGCCGGUCUUCCCUUCGAGCCGCCCCCUGCCCACGAAAUCAAUGUUAUCACAGGAACAACGCUAGUCAUAGCCUUAUUAGGCUCGUGUCUUCUUUGACCAUGGCCGAUAUAGGUAGGCGGUCCGGCCCUUCCUCCAGCACGGCUCUAGUGCCGGUCGGUGUCGAUGAUGCUACCUCGAUGCGGUCGCGGAGCAGAAAGGCCCCCGUUCGUCGGGACCCAGCCAAAGCGUCGAGCUUGACACCCAGCCAGAGCCCCGCACCCAGUCGAGGCGCGAGCCCCAUGCCUUCUGCCCGCCUCGGCAACAGCCGGUUUACCGAGAGCGGCCGGUCCAGCCCAUCUAACGCCUUCUCGCGUGGCUUGCUCGAGGGCCCGUGGGCUCCGAGCUGGGCCACCGUCCAGGACUUCGCGUCGUCAUUGCUAGAAGGUGGAUACAGCAGCGAAAUCUCGCGUCCGAACAGCCGUGGGGGUGGUAAGCCACCCCAGAAAUCAAUAUGGAAGGGACUGGGCGGCAUCGGCACGAUCAGUAAGAGUGCCGGCAAGCCGCCUGAGAGCUGGGGGCCAGCGCCGCCAGCAGGAUCGCGGCCCGCGGCCGAAGACAUCGCGGCCGGGUCCCUCGCCGAGCGAGAAGCGCAGCUAAAAGCUAGGAAGAGGGCUAGCGUGCUGGAGAGCUACGAAGGCGUGAACGGCGGCCUGGACGUAGCCGGUCGAUACAAGAGGAGGAACUCGGACGAGACCCCGCGUAGUGUAAGCGAGCCUGCUGACGAGGAGCAGCUGGCGUACCUGCACCGCGUGCAGCCCACGGACACGUACGCGGGCGUCGUCCUCCGCUAUCGAUGUCGGGAGCACGCGCUUAGGAAGACCAAUGGCCUCUGGUCCCGAGAUGACAUUCAAGUACGCAAAGAACUAAUGAUACCCGUCGACGCGUGCGAGAUCAAGGGCCGGCCUUGCGCCCCCCCGUCUUUUCCUACCCAGAAGGUUGACCACCUAGCUACCACGCCGCAACCUCGGUCGGCCGACUUCGCCAACCCCGCCGCAUCUGCCCCGCAGCAGACACACCAACCAUUUCACGACGAUUACUUUGGACCCGUCGGUGGGAAGGCGGCCGAGCAGCAGAAACAAGACGAUGAUGAUCCACCCUGGACCCACGUCCGAUGGGUCAAAUUGGAUUCGGUCCAGGAGCCGGUGGAGAUUGUGAGAGUUUCAAGGAAAUCUAUGGGCUAUUUCCCCCCCAGACGAAAGAAGAGCAUCCACACUACCUCUGGCUUCUCGACUCCACGCCACUCCCUUGACCUGUCCAAAGUCAUCACGAACUCGUCCGAGGCCGUCGAUAGCCCGGGCCAGCGCUCGUCGAGACGACAGAGCUCCAUCAGCACCCGACCGGUCAUCACGAGCCCAGGAGCGUCGUCGUCUGCUAGAAGCAGGGUAAACAGCCUGGGACAAGGGGAGAACGUCCCGUUAUGGAUGCGUAGGCCGGGAGGGGUGGGGUCGAUGGGGAAGAGCGUGAAGGCGCCGGGCCCGGCCAAGGACUACUUAAACACGUGGGUCAACAAGCGACUGCCGGGCCUCAACAUCGACUCGAUGCCAUCCAUGUCGGUAAUGGGGUCGGAGACGGCGCACUUCGGGUUCGGCAGCACAACGGACGAUGCGGCGGGGAUCGUCGAGAGCUCCUUCGAGGAGGGCCGGGACGCGGCCUCACCGACGCGGAACGGGACGGGACUCGAGCAGGCCGCGGCAUCGAUCGAAUCGUGGCUGCGCGGCGCGUGGGCGAAGCGGCCCAGCACGCCGAGGCUGGGCGCCCACCGGAAGCCAUCCGAGGACCUGGACCUCAUCGAGCUCAUGGAUGCCCGCAGCGACGACGUACGGUCGCCGCCGACGCAGCCCCGGGGCGGAGCCGGUGAAGGAGGUGGGAGGCCGGAGGCUGGUGUCUCGGGCCGGAGCUUUUACGGGUACGGCCUGACUACCGGGAGGAACGGUCAAGAGGGCUCGGCGAGGGGACGCUCGGCACCUCCGGCGACGACGGCGGCAGCCUCGGGAGCGAAAGGGGGGAAGGCGGAUUGAGACAUGGAGGCCAAGAGAAAGAUACGUCGCGAGUAUCGGCCGGCGCCGCUGGAGUACCACGCGUGUGCUCUCGAACUAUGCGUCCGGCUGGCUGAUUCGGUACGGAGGGUUUAGAAUGGGAGCUGAACGGGAAAGUCUGCGUGGCACGCGACUGUGUGCGUGCGCACGUGCGGGGAGCAAGUAAGCCUGCAUUUUCGAAGGCGUUUAGGGGAAUCCACGGCGCCCUAUCGUCGUCAGUUUACCUCUUUGGUUUCUCUUUCGUUUUUUUAGCAUGUAUAUACCGUCAUAUACACAUACACCUUUAGACGACCGCAUCAGGGGUAGGUCGGAGGGGAGCCGGGAGGCUCACAGUCACUUCGGCCCAAACCCAGAGGCAGACAGUUGGGAGAGCGGGGGUUGAAAGCGGCCGGGCCAUCAUCUCUUUGGUGAAUUAGACCACGCUAUGGAAUAAUAGAGCUGCAAAACGAGGUAUCCGACCUCCCUAUCGUUAUAUAGACCAAACCAACCCCCAGACGGAGGCAUCUUCUCACACGCGAGCACGGUCCCUCCCUGCGUAGACCGUCCGUUCUAGACUAUGCCGACUCCUCAGUUGGAUAGAUAGGCGUUUUAUUCAUGUUGGGUUACUGUUGCUGUUUCGUGCUCUCUGUAUGUGGUGUUUCCUAGGGGCGGUUGGUAACAAGAAGACGGUAGCGGGAGAAUUAUACAAGUAGUACUUGCAUAUAAGAACC